CCAACAGGACUUAUAUCCAGACCUCUUCUGGUCCACAUCUGCUCUGAGUGAGGUUGUGAUCUCACUUCUGUGUGUGUGUGUGGGACCUGACUACUCUGAUCCUCCAACACACAAGAUGCAGAACAGGACUGAGAAGUGUGGAGCUCAGCUGCCUCUCUUUGUUGCAGCCAGCAGCUCUGAGCGAGGUCUGUUCAGGAGGAGCACCACCUACCUGGCUAAGAUCUCUGUCGUCCUGCAAGACGCUCCAGGCAAGAUGCUCACUUUUACUCAGUUGAUGGACAGACUGGCUCCAGUAAUCUCUGAAGACAAAAGAUCUGUUGAGAACAACAUCAGAGUUUGUUUAUCAACCAACAAAUGUUUUGUCAAGAUUCCAGUGAUCCCAGAUUCUCUGGACAGUAAGAGAAACUACUGGAAACUGGAGCCCAGUCAGAUCACAACAAAGAUGGUGCGUCGUCACUUCAAAGGAAUCCUGCGCCUCUUCCCUGAGUUGGCCUCCAAAGUGGAAACGGAGAACACGAGCAGACCAUCCGAGCACUGCUCAGCUGUUCCCUCUCCUGAACCUGUAGCCUGCAGAGCUGUUCAGAUCAAAUGUGAGGUGAAGUUCAGCAGUCCUUUCUCCAUUGAAUCCCUGCUGAAGAGAGACAGUGCCUCUGCUCGGGCCUCCAGAGCUUCUCCUCUGUCCAGUGUGCCGCUCAAAGUGGAGCAGCAGCCUCGCUCCACACACAGACCAGUUUGGACAAAGAGGAGCUUCAGCUGGGACUCUGAGGAGCCUCUCCUCCUACAAGCUUCAGCUGGAAGUUCCCCAAUCUGCUCAACAGGGGGCAGCACACACCAUGGACUCAGUGCUGAUGGAGCUGCUCAGCCCAUCAGGAUGCAUGUGUGCACUGAGUCCUCAUUCCCUGUCUACACAAGAGCCAGUGCUGCUCCUUAUUUCACCAGCCCACACAGCAGUUACAUCACUUAUCCUGUACCCGCAUUUACCCAUGAUGCUCUCCGUUUCUAUAUGUGAUGUGUUUGGUACAAUGA